UUGUUUUUACAUCAUUUUUUUUCUUCACGUUGGUUUUACCUGCCCGUUUUAUUAUCCUCAGGUGCGCCCUCCCCCCAGCCAUGCUCCGGAAGGGAAGUGGAACUGCCAACGUGUGGGUCUCAUCCCUCUUGUCGCCCCUGCUCCUCCUCCUUCUGCUGACUCUGCUGUGCGCCGCCCCUUGCCAAGCAGCCACUAACAGCACCUCAACGACCUACUCCUCUUCUCCCUCCUCCUCUUCCUCUUCCUCGUCACCUUCUUGCUCUUCGGUGCCCUCUUCGUCACCCUCUUCCUCCUCCUCGCCGACUCCCUGUUCUCCCUCAUCAUCAUCUACUUCUUCCUUUACUUCGUCUUCCUCCUCCUCGUCAUCGUCAUCGUCGUCGUCCUCGUCCAUGCCUACAAUCAGCCACGACUAUUGCGUCAUCGGAGCCGGGCCGGCGGGGCUACAAAUGGGUUACUUCCUGCAAACCGCCGGCAGGGACUACGUCAUCUUCGAGAGAGCCAACCACUCAGGCAGCUUCUUCACGGAGUACCCUCGCCACCGCCGCCUCAUCAGCAUCAACAAGAGGCACACGGGCAGCACCAACGCGGAGUUCAACAUGAGGCACGAUUGGAACUCCCUCCUCUCGCACGACCCUUCGCUCCUCUUCAGACACUUCUCCUCCGAGUUCUUCCCCGAUGCCGACGCUAUGGUGCGGUACCUCGGGGAGUUCGCGGGGCGUCUGGGGCUGCGGGUGAGGCACAACACGGCGGUGCGGGAGCUGCGGCGACACCCCGAGACUGCGGCGCAUCCCCUGGGCCACUUCAGCCUCAGGGACCAACACGGCAGACGCUACUCGUGCGGGACGGUGGUGGUGGCUACGGGCAUAAGCGUCCCCAGCAUCCCCACCUUCCCCGGCGCCCACUUCGCCCUGGGCUACGAGGCGCUGCCCAUCGACCCGGCCUUCUACGAGGGAAAGAAAGUGCUUAUCCUCGGAAGGGGUAACGCGGCCUUCGAGACAGCCAGCGCCAUCUACGAGGCCACCGACUACGUCCAUAUGGUGUCCCGAAGCAGGGCUCGAUUCUCCUUUAACACGCACUACGUCGGUGAUCUCAGAGCCAUCAACAACGACCUCAUCGACACGUACCAACUGAAGUCGCUGGACGGCCUCCUGGAAGCCUCCGUUGAGGACAUGAUGCUGCAGAGACGCAAGGGCAAGAUUUUCGUCGAGUUUGCGAACGACGAGUACCAGAAAUCACAAGACGAAAAAGCAGUCGAGGAGGCGUCAAAGAUGCAAAGAGUCACCCCCGACACCCCGUACGACAACUUCUGUUUCCGCGGAGGCUACGAUAUCGUCCUCCGCUGCCUCGGCUUCAAGUUUGACUUCUCUAUUUUUCACAACACCACCCAGGCCGGCCCCUCCGCGAAGAAGCCGAAGUUCCCCGCGAUCAAGCACACCUUCGAGUCCCAGAGUGUGCCGGGGCUCUACUUUGCCGGCACCGCCACGCACUCGCUCGACUACCGCAAGUCCGCCGGGGGCUUCAUCCACGGCUUCAGAUACACAGUCCGCACGUUGCACCGCCUGCUGGAGUGGCGGCUGGAGGGGCGGCGCUGGCCCGUCUCCUCGCACGGGCUCCAGGACCUGAUGACGGUGCUGGUGCGGCGCGUGAACGAAGCCUCGGGGACCUACCAGAUGUUCGGGGAGCUCGCCGACGUGGUGCUCCUGAGAGAUGGCGGGCGGCGAUUUGAGCUGCUUCAGGAGUUCCCGGUGCAUCUCCUGGCCCAGCUGGAGGAACUGACGGGGCGUGAGGUCGGGGAGCUGGUCGUGGUGCUGAUGGAAUACGGCCCCGACUACUCCGGCCCCGACAAAGACACCUUCAGGACGGACAGGGCGAUAGGCAACCCCGUCGAGGCACAUCGGUCCAAUUUCCUUCACCCCGUCCUCUACUACUUCAAGAGGCUCCCCACAGAGGCCGAGAUGAUGAACAAAUGGGCCAAGACUCCCCUGCCACGCCCCGCACGCAUCCAUCACAUCAUCGAGGACUUCCUGACGGACUGGACGGCGCAGCAAAGUCACAUCCUCCCGCUGAGACGCUUCUUCGAGUUCAUCUUGGGUACGGACCUCCGCCACUACUACGCCCACACCUGCCUCUCCCACGCCCUCACCACCGGCAGCUCCCCGCGCCUGUGUCACCUGGAGGCGGCACACAGCGUCUGGCCUUCCCACGGGUUGGUCAGGCAGCCCCUUGACGGCCGCAGCGGCACCCCGGAGUUCGCGUCUGAUAGCAGCUUGCCCUCAGUGCUGCCCGUGUCCCCAGGAGCUGCCGCCCCCGCCCUCGCCUCCGCUACUUCGUGAGACUCUGAAGACGAAUUGCCACCUCCCCCUCCUCCUCGUCCUCCUUGUCCUCGUCCUCUUCCCUCUUGUCCUCCUUCAUCGUCAUCAUCAUUUUAUUUUUCUAACGUCUCCUCCUCUUCUUGUUCCUCUAUUUCUUCUUUCUCUUCUUCUACUUCUUAUUCUUAUUCUUCUUAUUCUUCUUCUCGUUCGGAGUCAGAGAGCAUACCGUGAGCGUGUGUGUGUGUGUGUGUGUGUGUGUGUGUGUUUAUCUUUUCUCACUUUUGCCUUCCCUUCUUGUCCUGCUACACACACACACACACACACACACACACAAUGUAUAUCAAGUAUCGUGCAGUUUGAGAGAGAGAGAGAGAGAGAGAGAGAGAGAGAGAGAGAGAGAGAGAGAGAGAGAGAGAGUUGGGGGGGGGGGGGGUGUCAUUGGGAUUUAAUUGUCACGCUCCCACUCCCUUCUAUUACUUAAAAGGCAGAGGCUUCGUUCUUACUCCAGCUGAGACUAUUUUUUUUAUAAUGGGUACAAGCCAGCCAGCCAGACCGUUAUGCCACACGAUACAAUACUGGGCCCUCAUCAUUCCCUCCCUGGUGGUGAUUCUCAUCUUUGUUACUUCCUUUAGAAUGUUACAGCCUAGCCUUAAGAGAUAUGUUUUAUAGAGCUUUUCUUCUCUGUUUUUAUUUGCAACAUUACUCAGAUUUUAUUUUAUUUUUGUCAUGGUCAAUAAUAGUAGUAGUUUGGUAUGUUUUGUCACGGCUCAUACUUAUUAUUAUUAUAGUAUUUUAUUUUGCUAUGACAGUUAUGCAAUAUUUUAUGAUUAUUAUAGUAGUAUUUUAUUUUGUUAUGACAGUUAUGCAAUAUUUUAUGAUUAUUAUAGUAUUUUAUUUUGUUAUGACAGUUAUGCAAUAUUUUAUGAUUAUUAUAGUAUUUUAUUUUGCUAUGACAGUUAUGCAAUAUUUUAUGAUUAUUAUAGUAUUUUA